CAAUAACCCCCGGCCCCAGUCAUUCUUCCCCACACACAACGCGGCAAGAUGGCUACCGAAUCCAAGAAGAGACUUGCGCUCGCAAUCAUCGACUUCCUUUCCACUUCGCUCAAGGAUGGGACACUAUCGAGUGACGACGCCGAAUCGGUGGAAGUAGCACAGUCUUGUAUUGCUGAAUGCUUCAAGGUCGACCCUACCGACAAAGCCGCUGUAGAAGAUGCCAUCGGAAACCAAAACCUUUUGAAGAUAUACAGUGUGUACGAGAAGCUCAAGGGCAAGAGCACCGCCAGCACCGAGGGUGUAAGCAGCGCACACGAGGGUCGUCCUUCGACUCCCGCCACGCCUUCUAUCCCCAAGGCUGCCGCGGCUGCCGCGGCUGACCCUCUCUCCAAGUCUGCAGAGGCCGACGCCCUCAAGAGCAAGGGUAACGCUGCCAUGCAGAAGAAGGAUUACCCGGGCGCCAUUGAUGCAUACACCAAGGCCCUAGAGAUCUCGCCUCUCAACCCCAUCUACCUUUCCAACCGUGCGGCCGCAUACUCGGCAUCGCUUCAGCACGAGCUGGCCAAGUCGGACGCGGAGAUGGCAGUCGCCGCGGACCCCAAGUACACCAAGGCCUGGAGCAGACUAGGUCUGGCCAAGUUUGCGCUUGGAGACGCAAAGGGCAGCAUGGAGGCUUACCAGAAGGGUAUCGAGUACGAGGGCAGCGGCGGAAGCGAGGCCAUGAAGAGGGGAUACGAGACCGCGAAGAAGAAGGUCGAGGAAGAGGGAGGCGACGUUGGCAGCCCUCGUGCCAGUAGUCCUCGUGCCGCCGGUGGUGCCGGAGGCGGUGGUAUGCCCGAUCUGUCAAGCCUGGCAAGCAUGCUUGGCGGCGGCGCCGGCGCCGGUGCUGGCGGACGUGGUGGAGGACCAGACCUCAGCUCGAUCAUGAACAACCCCAUGUUCUCUCAGAUGGCGCAGAACCUGAUGAGCAACCCGCAAAUGAUGCAGAACCUUAUGAACAACCCUCGCCUACGGGAAAUGGCUGACAACUUUGGCGGAGGCGGAGGCGGAGGCGGCAUGCCCGACAUGGCAUCGCUGAUGCAGGAUCCAUCCCUUGCCGAGAUGUAAGUAACCGUUUUCUUUUUUCUUUUUUCUUUUUUUUUUUU